AUGAUUACACGCAAUCGAAGAGCAUCUAGCUUCCUGUUCAUCUGUGUACUGUUAUUACUAAAGGUAGAAGGGUAUACCCCCGAAGCAGAGAAAUUCGACGCUCCUUCGUUGAGUAUACGGGGAGCUCUCAAGGCAGCGCUGGAUCAUGAUUAUGAAGAUGUGAUUGUGAUGCAAACAGAAAUGGCGUGGGGAGCACAAGAAAUGAAGAGAUAUAAAGCACACAAGGGCGAAUGGCCAGUACGGUCGGCUCUGAAGGACGACAAUGAACUUGGUGGUGGUGGUGGAGGAGGAGGCGGUACUAGUAGCAGCGCAGUUGGUGGAGUGCCUGGAUUCUUCCGAGGUACGGAAUCACCACCAACCAACGAAGAAGGGGAAAUUGACUAUUGGGCAUAUCUGGUAUCGAUCUUCUGA